AUGGAGCUGUGGAAGUGUUCGGCGUUAUCUCUCAUCAUUUUCGGAUUUUUCUGUGCUUUUGCAACAAAUAAGCAUUGCGAAUGGGUGCUAGAUGUAGUUCAAAAGGAAAAUCUCUCGCAAGUGGCACCUGUAGUCAUUCCAGGUGGACAAUAUUUCCUGAGGAUUAGAGUGAAAUGUGAUGACAAGGUAAACUGCGUUAAACUAUGAUUGUUGAUUUCACUUCGAAAUUCUAAUGCCAUGUCAUCAGUCUAAUAAAUGUUUUAAAAAGCCUUGUGCUGUUAAUCCACGACUAUAGGGGGCUUAACCAACGACUAAAGCGACCGCAACGAGGACGGCAAAAAGGCAAUAGGAAAUUUUGAUUAGAUUUUUUAGCAAAACAACUCUGCACGUGCAUCACGCUUUCUCGUACAUUUCUUGCCGUUGUUGCACGACAGCAACGUGGAACUUCCUAACUUCUCGUUUUUUGGAGGACGCGAACACAAUAUAAUGGUUUUCUCUUUCUUUUUCUGAAAUUAGAUACAGCCCAGUUAUAAUUCAAUUCCGAAAAAAUUCGCCAACAUUUGACAAAUUGAAAGAGGAAGAGUAAUAGUGAUGAAAUUGGAAACAGCUCGAAUUUACUGUUAGCUGUCGUUGUUGCUUGAGCUCUCUAAUAUAAUGAUAAAUAAUACUUCAUUAUCAUGUCACCGAGACACGGGAAUAACAUACUUUGAAUAUUCCGGUACACGUGUUUAUUAAUCGUUUUAGCACUUGGUUUCAUGAUAUGCUUAAUUCUCUCUACAGAUCCAUUCUCAAGUGUUAAGAUCAUUAGUAUUAACAGGGGUUAACCCAGUUUUGAACAUUGAAUCAGAGUCCUUUGGGAUGAAUCAUCACGGUACGAGAAGGUUUUCAGCCCUUAUUUCAGGUGUACUUACAGAGCUUGGAGAUCAGCUGAGCUGUGGAUGUCUUUCACGAAAUAAAACGAAUAGAAUUGGGAGGUAA